CCCACGUUCAAACGUGAACGACAAUUCAGAUGUUUGAAACGAUAGUAGCUGAAAGACGUACCGGCACCACACCGUCGGCUUCAUGACUCGCAACAAUCUCGCAGACCAUCUGCCCUGGCUGUUGAACAACCUCGCUCUCCCGAAGCCUUCGACCCUCACGUUUCCCAGCGCCAGCGACGGUUCCCAGUCUGGUCCCUCCCAAUCGCAAUCCCACAGCUCAGACACACAAGAAGUCGGAUCCGAAACGAUAGUCGACCUCGAAGACGGGCCAUUCCCUACCCAUUCCGCGCCGGAUAGAUCAAAUGGCUUGGGUCGGACAAGCACGGCCUUGCGGGAUACGGACCAGGUGAUACUAGUGGAAGACACCAUGGCACGCCUCACGUCGAGUGUCAAAUCGAAGAAACCCAGCCUCGUUUCCAAGCCGCAGCAACAGCUUCUUACCCCCGCGUCCACCAAGCAUCGCUCGCUUCAACCUGACACUCAGGUGAAGCGUGACAUCGGUAUCCGAAGUCCUCUACCGAGCCGAAAACAUGAACCCACUCCGAAGAAACAGAUCGCAACCUCUCGAGGCCACCGUGCAAGCAGCCUCGAUUUCCCAGACCUCGACCCCAACGACCUAGAAUGCAUGGACUUGACCACCGACCCAUUUCCAUCAUCUGAUUCACUGCAUUUCGGAGACGAUAUAAAAUUAUCGCAUGAUGAUCCCGCGUCUCGGCCCGAGCUACCUGUGUCGGGCGGAAAGAAGAGGAAGAAUAAUGACAUUAGCAAGGAGGAAUUUGCAGAUAUGGAUGAUUUCCCCGAUGUCUACGAACUCCUCGGAACCGACCCACCAAUCUCCAGCCCAAGCCGGUCAAUAUCACGUCGGAAAGAUGGCACCAACAGUGCUAGGGCACGUAGGAUACGUGAACUUCCUGCCGAACCUACGUCCCCCAGCAGGAGACUUGGCCCUGUGGAAGAAGAAAAUGAUCUGCCUUCUCCAUCAACAGAGGCUUUGAUUCGGAAAGCCCAACUUGUCCGUGGAAGGACGCCCAAUGGAGAAGAUGCUGGUCCCUCCUCUUCUGCGAGUCGCAAGAAAGCAAGAAAUUCCCCCACAGAGUCACCAGGCCCCGAAGCAGUACCUGUCCCGGACCAACCCUCGAUACAUCGACAAUCAACAAGCCAGGAUGAUCUAGUAAUUCCCGACUCUGACGAAGAGUUCAUGACGCCACCCUCUCACAACAGUUCACUGGUUGUUCUGGGAACAACCACCACGAAUGCCAUCCAAAAUGGGACAGUCACAAAGAGGGAAACCUUACCAGCGUUGGAAAUUGUAAAUGCCUUGAACUCCGACAGACAAAAAUCCCCGACACGACCAACCGAACUGAAGACGGCAAGUUCCGACGACCAAGAUGUCGGUGAAGACAUGCCACAACAAGCUGCGGCGCCAUCAAGUCAAACACCAAGAAUUCUCGUCCGUCUGUGUGCCGAUCCGGGUCUCCUGGCCAAGAGGGGCGAUGCCGUCGACAAGUUGAUCCAGCAGAAUGGUAGAAACUUCUCGAGAGCGAUCAGCGAACGUUGGCCGAAGGACAAGCGAAGCCAUAUCAAGUCGGAAAAGGAGCGGCUGUUGCGACAACAGAAAGCGAUCAAGGACCUUUCUGGACCAACAGACUCUUAUAUGUUGCUUUGCAAAACUCGCGAAAGCCUAGUGAAACAAGUAGCCCAAGCGUACUCUGAGGGACUUGAUACGGAUGAGGAUGAAACUCGGCUGGAUGAGUUGACUGACGAAAUUCAAGAGGUGGAGCAGUCUCUCCUUAAAGCUUUCGACGAUGCUGGUCUAGACGAAGAUGCUCUUUUGGAGAGCUCUCAACCCAGUUCUUGCUCGACUCCUGGCCAGGUCGUCGUGAUGGGCACUCAACCACCACUUCAAAGUAACGUCAACAUGUCGGCGCCAUCAAGAGAACCCAUGCCUGUGAUCGAUACAGGGUCACAAAUUGUCCAUCAAACACAACUCCCCGAAACAUCUCAACGAAAACCCCGGAAUGAAGCCAUCCUCACAACCGAACUACCUCCAAGAAUGAGCUUGAUCUCACAAGACGAAGACGACCUGUCGUUCCUCCCUUUCCCAAGGGACUCUCAGAGGCCCUCAAAAGCCAACAGUCGACCACAACCAACAAAGAAAGCCCCUGUACAUGUUGAGUUUGAUGUGCCGGAUGAAGGGUUUUCCGAUACGGAUGAUUAUGAGCUUCAACCCGCAUCACGGCCUGUGACAAAGUUGGUGCCCGCGACUACUCGAAGAACCCCUCAAACCACCCGCCAACAUCGUACUCGCGAUGAGUUUAGCGACUUCAGUGACGACGAAUAUAUGAUUGCAUUUGCACAAGACUAUGAGACUCGCCAGUCACUUGGAGUUUCUUCUCAGGGCUCUAGAAGGGUCUUCAACGAGACAUCAGGAAACGCUGCCGCCACAACGAGAUCACGAAGCACCUCGAAGAGACAAGCUACCCCUGGGGUGGCAGAAGCAAGAAUACCACCUGAACUCAUGCGGCAUUCGUGGUCUCCUGAGGUUCAGAGGAUGCUGAAGGAUCGCUUCAGAAUGAGAGGAUUUCGGCACAAUCAGCUCGAAGCUAUAAACGCCACACUGGGAGGUGAAGAUGCGUUCAUCCUCAUGCCAACGGGUGGUGGCAAGUCCCUUUGCUACCAACUUCCUGCCGUGAUCAAGACUGGCAAGACCCGAGGCGUUACUAUUGUUGUAUCUCCCUUGAUCAGUCUGAUGCAGGAUCAAGUUGACCAUAUGAAAGCUUUGGGAAUCCAGGCUGUUGCAUUCAAUGGGGAGUGUUCGGCCGAAUACAAGAGGCAGGUGAUGAGUGCCUUCAAUGAGCGAAGCCCGGAGCACUUUGUUGAACUGCUCUAUGUCACCCCAGAGAUGGUGAGCAAAAACAAUGCGUUCAAUAACGGGAUGAUGACGUUGUAUCGCAAAGGCAAGCUUGCCAGACUUGUCAUUGACGAAGCACAUUGUGUCAGUCAAUGGGGCCAUGAUUUCCGACCUGAUUACAAAACUUUGGGUCAGGUCCGGCUGAGGUAUCCUGAAGUGCCGGUGAUGGCUCUCACAGCUACUGCGACGCAGAAUGUAAUUGUCGACAUCAGGCAUAACCUAGGCAUGCCUAACUGCAAAACCUUCUCACAGAGUUUCAACCGGCCGAACUUGUACUACGAGGUUCUUCCAAAGACAUCCAACACCAACGCAACAGAGAGCAUUGCGUCUCUCAUCAGAUCUAAAUAUUCCAACUUGAGUGGGAUUGUCUACACCAUUUCGAGAAAGCAGGCCGAGGACGUUGCGCAGAAGCUUACAAACCAUGGCAUCACGGCGCGGCACUAUCAUGCAGGUAUCGACCCCCAGGAGAAGGUCGAAGUACAGACUUCGUGGCAAAAGGGGGACGUUAAAGUGGUGGUUGCCACCAUUGCCUUUGGCAUGGGAAUCGACAAGCCAGAUGUGAGAUUUGUCGUGCAUCACGGUCUUCCUAAGAGCUUAGAAGGGUACUAUCAGGAGACGGGUCGUGCAGGCAGAGAUGGCAAGCCGUCUGACUGCAUUCUUUUCUAUGGCAAAGGGGACAUAAGGGUCCUGAAGAAAUUGAUUGCAGAUGGUGAUGGAAAUGCUGAACAAAAGGAGCGACAGAUGGUGAUGCUGAAUCGGGUUACUGCGUUUUGCGAUAACAAGUCUGACUGCAGACGAACGGAGGUCCUCCGAUACUUUGGUGAGGACUUCACGUCUGAUCAAUGCCAGAAAUCGUGCGACAACUGCAAAGCGGGAUUGACAUUCGAGCAACAAGACUUCUCGGAAUACGCUAUCGCUGCUAUCAAAGUAGUUCAACGACAGAGGCGGUUGACGCCGACGCAGUGCGCCGAAAUCUUGUUGGGCACAAAGUACCCCCCCCAAGAGCAGCAUCUGUCGGAUGAAUUCUAUGGAUCGGCGAAAGGGUUGAAGAAACACGAGCUUGUAAGAGUGAUCGACAAGCUAUCGGCGGAGAAGGCCUUUGACGAAGAGAAUGUCGUUGGCAAUUAUGGGGUGGCGAUCCAGUACCUGCAGCUUGGGCCGACGGCCAGACAGUUUCUCUUGCGACAGAGUAAGCUUAUGCUCACCAUUCAAGUGUCAGAAGACAAGGCUUCCAAAUCGACCAAGGCCAAACCAAAGAAGGCCAGCAAGAAGUCAAAGGAUCAGGAUCUCCCGGCCGUCCCAUCAACGUGGGUUUCUUCUCCUGUUGGUAGACGGAAAAAGAAGUCGCAAGUGGUUGAUAGCGAUGACGAGGAACUUGCUAUGAUGGCGAAUGGGUAUGUGAAUGACAGGUUCGCCAUGCCAGACGACCCGAUGGAUGACGAUGAGGAGGCUUUUGACGAAUUGCCCAAGCACCGACCAGCGAAGCCUCCGUCGAAGAGGCUGGGGCCUCCUAUUUCAACCGAUACUCGGCUCCAGGACUUGCCCGAAAUCCAUCAGGAUAUCAUCCACGGGUUCGUCCUGGAGGCCAAGAAAAUCGAGGAGAAUAUCCGCAACAGAAAAGAGCUGAGAAAACCCCUCUUCACGGACCGGGACUUCCAGGAAAUGGCAAUCCAUUGGACGAUUUCCCUGGACAAGAUGAAGCGUAUCCCUGGCAUCGAGCCCGACAAGGUUAAGGAACACGGGCCCAGGAUCCUGCUCAUUCUGCGAAGGCACUACAACAUGUACCAAGAAAUCAUGGGUGGCAAUCCCACCGGCGGCCAAGGCCAAGAGGUCGUGGACCUGAUAAGCUCAGAGGUCGAAAUGGACGAUGACUUGGACGACGAGGAUGAAGGGGAAGAUUCACACUAUUUCAACAGCAAUAACUCUGGAUCCCAGCCAAAUGUGCAAGCAUGGCACGAUAAACUUCAGGGCCUGAACAGCCAGCCGAGCCAGAGCAAGCCCAAAUCCUCGUACGGCGGCCGAGGCGGCGGCAGAAAGGCAUCGGGGAAGAAAUGGCCCAAGAGGGCAUCUGGUGGAGUGUCUAAGCGCAGGAGCGCUGGUGGUAGCCGCAAGGCGAGCAGCUCCUCCACGACAUCGAGGGCAGCCAGCGUCGGGGCAAGGAAGAUUGCCCGAAAGGCUGGCGGUGGCAUCGGACUGAUGCCCCUGUGAGAGCAGCAGCAUUGGCCCUGGGCAUCGCGAGUGAAACAACGAUAUUCAUAGAAGGGUGGGAAAAUGGAUGACAUCAAUGAGGAUGGCGUUUUCAUGACAUGACCGAAACUAAAUACUCCCUAGUGGGGAGCAUGUUCUUCGGGGAGUUCGACCUGGUCUGGUUUCGUUUCUGCAUGGGUGGCGAUUGGGAGCGGCUCUUUACUUAAAGGGGCACAUGUCAUACGAGCGAAGCAUCCGAUAUAACUACGUCGAAGAGAUUUCCCCUUCACCAUGUACAGACAAAAGAAAACAUUCAAAGCACGAGGU